AUGUCCAACCCAGUUUCCUCAGGCUUGAUCGACGCAGUCAACCCUGUCCCGCCUGAAGAUACUUACUGUUUAGCCCCUCAGUUUGAAGCAUUGUUAGAUGACCUUCAAAACUCCGGGAUGAUCGAAAAGAACAAGCGGCUGUACUACACCAGCACGGCCGCAGACCCAAAGCAGCAAAGGGAGAACGAAACCAUGAUGGCUUUCCAUUUCAGACGCUACGAGAAUCCGGAUAUAGCUGGAACUAUUCCUGACCUCAACCCCAAGUUGCGAGUUGGCAAAAGAAAAGUCAAUCCGCAUCCCUCUCAUUCUAUCAAGCACUCUAUUCUCAGAGACCUUAUCCAUGACGCUAACCGUAACAUCAGGAAUGUUGCCUGCAGUCUAUACCUUCGCCGCGAGUGCAAGACAAUGUAUACAUACAAUUUCAACGAGCUUGAAGCGGACAUGUUCUACGACUGGCAAUGGCUUCGUUCUCUCCAACCAGGAGAUGUUCUUUCCGGGGACAUUGAGGUCCUUUGUAUACGAAAUCAAAUGGUUCUCGAUAUGAUCGACAACAGAGAAGACCGCAUCUUUGAGGAUCGCGCUGUACUUUGGCCUUCCAUUGUCUUUGAGCGUCUGAAGCCUGAUUUUCGAGAAAUUGAAAAGACUGGAUUCCGCGUCUUAGCGUGGCGAUUGUGCAAGACAUGGCUUCUGGAUUUCUGGCGUACCCGUCCAUGGAAGACGCUGAAGGUUCUUUGCCAUAGACUUGUUGUUCACCUUGAGCAAGUAGACAUUAUAUAG